CUUUCCUCUCAACACCAACCAACUCGACGCUUCUCUCCAUCAAUAUUUUAACAUUUGCUCACCAGAUAUCGUACUUGGCAGGUGCGAAUGAUCACAGUGGAUCUAGGACUGUGCAAAGUAUAUAAGUACCUUGACCCGCAGAGGUUACUGUGGCCACUUUUCUACUUUUCAUCCUCGUACAACAUUACAACAUCAUAUCCCACUUCAAUAAUAUCAAACGUGUAAAACAGACAAAAUGAAUAAUCGGCAAGCCUACGCCCCGACCCCUCAUAGCUAUGUCCCAAAUACUGCCCUCUCUGCCACAAUAAACCUAGAUGAGGAAGUCAAGUUAGCGGACACCCGUGCGGAGAGAGACCUACUAGACUCUCUUGCAGAGAUCUUUUCUAUUAUCGUCACCUUAGAUGAAUUAGAAAAGGCAUUUCUCAAAGAUGCCAUUCCAGAAACCGAAUACACUGAGAUCUGCGAGCGAUCUUUAAAGCAGUAUAAGUCUAUCCUGGCAGACGAGGCUGUAGCUAAAGCGUUUGUGGGCUUAGAGGAAUUCAAGGCUGAGUGGGAUCUCGAAGUACCAAGGGCUACGGAGCGUCUGAGAGUGGGCAUGCCGUCUACAGCUGUAACCGCAUCAACAGGAACAUCUCAACCAUCUGCUUCAACUAAUAAUAAAUCCGGUGCUCUCAUUCUCGAAGCGACACAAGAUUUUAUUACUUUCUUAGAUGCUUUGCGACUCGGACUCUUAGCGAAAGAUCAACUACAUCCCCUUUUAACCGAUGUUAUACAAAGUGUCAACAAAGUGACGGAUCGAGACUUUGAAAAUCGGGGAAAGAUUGUGCAGUGGCUGAUUACAUUGAACCAGAUGAAGGCGACCGAAGAAUUGAGCGAACAACAAGCAAGGGAACUCGAACUCGAUAUCAACUCUGCGUACUUGGGGUUUAAGAAUACCCUCAAUUAAGAUAUCUAAACCGGGUAUAACACCCAGUCAAUUGUCAGUGAUGUGUUGAGAAGGAUAAAGAAGGUCUGCGAAUGAAUUCUAGUGAAGGGCGCUGAGAGUGGGUCUUGGAUCUCGUCAUUGACUGGUCAAUUUACCUAGGAACUCAUGCGAUCUCCACUGCUAGGGCGCGAUCCU